UCUAAUCUCACUCUCUGACGAUAUGACGAAUAUAGAUAAUAUUCCUACCGAGAUCCUGUUACAAUUAGUAACUUGUUUAUCUCUCCAAGAUAUACAGCAAUGUCUAACUACUUGUCAGAAAUGGAAUAAUGUAUUCAAAUAUGCAUUUUACAGUUCCGUUACAAUUCAUAACUCCAAACAAUUUGAUAAAUUUAUCAAAGCAAUAAAACAAUCAGCAGCUCGACGACAGCAAACGGCAGAUGAUGAAACACACAUUGGACACAUUGUGAAGGAGCUUUAUUUCUGUAAAGACCGUCAUACUUGCGUUCUUGGCCUAUUUGAGGAAAAGAUCAUUAUCCCUCAUUCUUUUGCAGAACAGCUUUCUUCGCUUUGUCCUAACCUAGAAGCGCUAGACCUAGGCUCAGCAGAAUGGUCAUCAUUCAAUUUCCAUAGUAAUUUGAGGAACUUGAGGCGACUAAAACGGCUACCUAGCAUUUAUAAAACGGAAAAACUGCCUUUUUUACUGUGUCUUGGUGAAGGACUCACUAGUUUAACGAUUGAGGGCACUUUGUUAAGCGAGCUAUUGUCACAACAUUGUUUACUCAACACAGUUUUAUCCUUUGUACCCAAUCUUGAAGAGCUCAUUUUAGGGAAAGAGGAUGAAGAAUUGAGCCCCAAGGGACAAGACUUAACACUUAGAAAACCUACUUUGGCAAUCGAGCAUCUUGAAUGUAUACACAGUCUUCUGUCCAAGCUACGGGUACUAAAGAUUCAAGGCUGUAUUGACGCAAAAGUUAGCGAGAGUAAUGAACAGGCAUUGUUAAAGCAAUCGCGUGCCAGCAUUGCUGCCCUUAAUAUCCACACUUUCGUUUUGAACACGUCGGCGUCCUCACAUGAAUGGCUGAUCUACAUUGCACACAAGUACCCUAAUUUGCGUGAGCUAACUAUAUCGAUAAUGGAAACAUCUCACUUAAAAAAUGUACGGGUGAAUAACAGUUUUGAAAGUGAAACAUACCAUAACCUGGAAAAGUCCUCAUUUCUAUACCUCCUCGACAAAUCGAAAUAUCUAAAAACCAUCAUUUUAUCCUGUACACUAUUGGAUAAUUGGCUAAAUUCUUCGUUUCUCCUACAACUACAACAAUCAUGUUAUGUAAAGGAAAUGCAGCCUCUAAAGCACAAAAAUAAUCAGAUGCAGAGCUUUUCACAAUUGAUGGUAGCUGUUAAGUAUGGCAAAGAGUUUUUAACAACGUUAGAAAUUGAUCAAUGGAGAUUCGGUGUAAAAAUAGAUCGCAUUCUGGAGCAAUUGAAAUUUUUCGAAAGAUUGACAGUAUUAGAAUUAAAGAGUGAUUCGUACCAUACAGAAUACGACUUGCAUAAUAUCCUUGAAAGCUGCUCGAAACUUGAAGAGCUCAGUCUGCAAUGGGGAACGCUCGUUACUGUUAGUACUGACAUUAAUCGUACCAAACGUAAACAGAUGCAACACUAUAAGUUACGGUCCCUUCGCUUAACAUUCAUUGCUUUUCGGUCUGAAGAUUUUACGUACUUGGCGCAAAAAUGCCCAGCAAUAAAUUACCUUCUACUGUCUAAAAGUAAAUGUAUAUGCCAGCUCAAUGAACAGCAAUGCGUGAUAGACAUUGCUAUGCCCUGCCACUCUUUCAAUUUUGUAGGGAUCGACAAUGUUCGACUCGACUGUCCUUCUGCUACACUCUUUUAUCCAGCAUUAUCGAACUAUCUGCGACUCAUAUCUAUUCGAACCGAGAAAUGGCAGCGAUGGUAUCAGCAUAUACGAUAUCUAAAUCAUUCCAGUAUACCCAAGUUAGAACAACUGGAUCCUUACGAAGCAGCAACAAUAAGCUCUUACUUUGCAGAUAUGGAAAAAAGGCGUAGUAAUAGUAGUGCACUGAAUGAACACGAUAGUGUUUAUAACGUGAAUAGACUGAAAGUGAAUAAUCUGCUGAAGAUGGAUUUACUCUUUGGUUAUGUAAAAUUGCGUUGUGCUAAGGUGGAAAGUAUUCAAAUAGAUGGAAAUCCCAAUAGAUCUUUCAGAUGAUCCCCAUUCCAUUCAGCUUGUAUAAGCUUAUAAUCUGUAUACCUUAACCAACUUUAUAACACUGAGCAAAGCUGAUCCUUGCAAUAAAAAAAAAUUUAGUAGCAAUUGCAUCUUUAUUACAUCAGG